CCACUUGUGCAUUUGUAUUACAAAUCAUUCUGAAUUUUAAACCUAACGCUUGUUUAGGUUAAGUUGCUGUAGUUUCUGUAUUUUUUAGCAUCUGCUAGCAUCUUUAACUGUUUAUCUGUAUUCCACACAUUUUCCAACAAAGCCUGAUGUCAGUACUUUUAUAUAAAAGCACAUUUUCUGACCUCUUUGUCAGGUGAUGGUGGGAAGGCAUGUUCUCAACCGACUGCAGUCUAGAUUGGAGCAGGCCUCUCAGCGACAGCCCUUAAACCUAGACUAUCUGGAGUUCAUCUGCAUGAGUGAAAUGACUCUAAUCUGUUCACUCUCAGCUCACAUACAUUUCCCACAGGAGGUACUUGAAGGUCUUCUCCAGCUGGUCACCCGCAUCACCACUGAAGUAGACGGGAGAAGGACAACAGUUGUGGUUGACAGGACUGUUGGAGAAAGGGGGCGUCCAAAGCUGGUUGUUUCCAAAGACCACCUCCAGAACUUGAUUGAAAUGGACCUGUCAGUCCCCUGUAUAUCCAAACUGCUUGGCAUAUCAUGCAAAACAGUCCGCCGUAGGAUGCAACAAUGGGGCCUCUCAAUAAGGGAAAGCUACAGUAAAAUGACUGACGACGAGCUUGACAGCUUGGUCUCAGCAAUCAAGGAAGACUCUCCAAAUUUGGGUCACAGGAUGGUAAAGGGACGUCUCAAGGCUUUAGACCAUAGAGUUCAGUGGACUAGAGUGUGGGAGUCAAUGCACCGUGUUGAUAGUCUUGGAAUACUUGAGAGAAUGACCAGCCUUGGGUGUGUUGUGCGAAGAACCUACAGUGUUCCAGCUCCUCUUUCACUCCUACAUGUCGAUACCAACCAUAAGUUGAUCAG